CUCAGAAUAGUAUUGCAUCAGAGACCGAGCAAAAUUACAAAUGGAACAAUCUUCUAAAUAUAGACGGAUAGGAUUUAUACAAUAUUUUACCUUUUGGUUUAGUCCUAUGAAAAAAGAGAUAAAGUUGGCAGAAGAACUAAAACAUGUAUGUCAAGUUUACAUGAAAACAACCCAAAGAAACAUAAGAAAUCCCAACAGAUCAAUCUUUUUUUCUCUUCUCUUUUUAUUCUUGAGUACCUUUUUCAAUCUUUUAUGCCACCUUAACUUAGCUUGUGAUUUCCAAAUUCCCAACUAAUACAAUUGCCUCCUCUUUCAAGUUUUGCUUAUAUUCCUUUCCUCUUCUCCUUUCUCUCCCUUUUUCAGCUAGGAAAAGCACUGGAUUCCAUCAAUAUUCUCACUGCACACCUUAUAAUAAAUGACGCCGAGUAUGCCAUACUCCCCUUUGCACAAACAUCAUUACGGUUUCCAUUAUUUCGUAAGACUCUGCUGCUCGUGCUUCUGCUGCUGUUGCUGCCGCCCCUGCUGCUGUUGCACCAUUCUUAUAAGUUUAACCAACUUAGCCAAAUAUCUUUCAGAUUGGGGAAUUUACCGGAGAGCUCAAGAAGAUGGUUUCCGUGCGUUUCCAUUGCUUACCGAUUCUCUUCCUAGUACUUCUAUCAGGGUCAAGUGCUGAAGUAACAAAGCGAUUCCUGAUAUAUGACACUUAUCCAACAAAGAUCAUGCAUGGAACAUAUCCAACAACAAUUAUGCACGACACAUAUCCGACAAACAUUCCACCUGACAAUCCAACAGGAGAUACAGGAGAUGUUCCAACUUUUAAUCCAACUCCCACCACACCGACAACCACUCCCACCACAACCCCACCACUUACACCAUCCACAAACCCACCUAAUAUGCCAACAACACCCCCAACUACCACGCCGACCACACCAAUGAAUCCUACACCGCCAUCAGGAGGGGGAGGAGAUGCAGGUGGGGGAGUUGGAGGAGGAGAUGGAGGUGGGGGAGUUGGAGGAGGAGAUGGAGGAUUUGGAGGAGGAGGAGGAGAUGGAGGAGGUGCUGGAGGUGGAGGAGAUGGAGGCGGAGGAGGUGUUGGAGGAGGAGGGGGAGGAGGAGGAGGAUCUUGGUGUGUAGCAAAACCCGGUGCUUCAGAAAAGGCUUUACAAGUUGGUUUGGACUAUGCAUGUGGAUAUGGGGGAGCUGACUGCUCUGCGAUUCAACCAGGAGGAAGCUGUGCCAGUCCAGAUACAGUAAAAGACCAUGCUUCUUAUGCUUACAAUAGCUAUUAUCAGAAAAACCCAGCUCCAACCAGCUGUGAUUUCGGAGGAACUGCCCAGAUUGUCUCUACAGAUCCAAGUACUGGAAAUUGUCACUACUCAUCAUCAAAAGGAUCAACAAGCACAACACCACCAACUUCAACAACUCCCCCAACUUCAUCUAUGGAUUCACCACCAACAUCAUUCAGUCCACCAAGUCCAUCACUCGGAAAUUUUCCAGGACCACCUCUCGGUGGAGCAUCGGUUUAUGGGCCAGAACCUACAGGAAGCCCUAACAUGGCUUCUGCAACUUCUGAGCAGUGGAUUAUCUUCUUUUGCUCAACAAGCAUAUUUAUGUACAUUCUACUAGCAAACAAUUAAUGAAGAGAUGCAGAAGGCAAUCACUUUUUCCCAGCAAGAAGCAGUACAUGCCGGCUUCACUGCACCAUGGUGAACUUGUUAGGAGGCACUACUUGACAAAUGAACUUUCAGCUUUCAGGUCCUCCUUACCGCCGGCCAGGAGACUCCGUCACUCCUCACAUAAUACAUAGUUCUUGUUAGGCUGAGUUGUUGCGCUAUAGGCUUACAUCAGUAUUAUAGUAAAUUAUACUUGUAGAAAUUUACAGUUCAAUGUCAACCAGCAAUAAUAAUUAGGAUGUUCUAUAUUUUACAGCAAUGAAUGAUACAAAGUCUUGCAGCUCAAAAUAUUACUUA